AUGGGUGGUUGCACUAUCUGUGCUGAGAGCUUGUCUGGAAAAGCUGUGUCAUGUAUGACAUGUGAUGAUAUAUAUCAUCUUCGGUGUAUUGAGUCUUGGAGAAAAGAGCGAUUCAUUCAUCCCCUUCAUUCUGAUCACAAACUGAAACUAAAACUGAUACGUGGAUCCAAGUCCAAGAAGUGCACUUCCUGCAAACUGAAGAUUACAAAGUAUUGCCUUCGUUGUUCCCUUUGCAAGCUCAGUUUUCAUUUGAAAUGCAGCAACGGAGUGGAUGUCUUGGAAGAUAUCGGGCGUCACCGUCACACUUUCUAUAAAUAUUGGAUUAAUGAUUCGCAGUUGGCUCGAACCUGCAAUGUUUGUUCAACACAGUGUGGUAUGUCAUUCUAUGGAUGUAUUUAUUGUAACUUCAGUGCCCACGUGGAGUGUCUUAGGUUUCCAGGCAUGGUGAAGAACCGAGUGCACCAGCACACGGUCGAGCUAACAUUUAAUCCUUCCCAUGACCUGAUGUUGUAUUGUGCUCUAUGUGAUAUGAUUCUCUCUAAAAAGGUGUACUACUGCAAUCAGUGCGAUGACAUGUUUCAUACGAAAUGUAUAAUGUCCACGGAUGAAGGCGAGGCAGCAUCAGAAGAGGAACAAGUUCGAGAUAUAUAUAUGAUGUCUAUUGAGCGUCAUCUCUUAAACAAGGUUGGAAAAAAGAAAAAGCACAGUAAGGUUAGCAAUGACGAAUGGCUAGAAAGAGAUGUCAUGUUGGAAGACACAGAUGAUUAUGCCCAAGAUAGUAGUGGUGAAGAAGACAACAAUUCUUCUUAG